AUGGCCCCUCGUUCUACAUCAAAGGCCGGCUCGAGCACUGGAUCUGAUUCAGAUUCAGAUGUUCCUGAAGCCAUCUCACUUUCCCAGUCCAAAAAGAGUGCAAAACAACUCGAAACCACCCGUCAGAAUGCGCUCAGGGCAGAACGGCAGACGAGGCGCGCACAGAAUCAGCAGCGGGAUAAAAGCUUGAAGGAACGCGCGGAGAGAAAUAAAAGACUUGUUGAAACAAAAUCGAAAGGAAAGGGCAAACAGAAAGAAGACAGCAAGGCGGUGGAAGAUCAGGACGAAAAAGAUGAUCAAAAAGACGAAAUGAGCAGUUCAGGCGACGAAGACUUGGAUAAAGACGAGGAAGAAGGCCCCUCAGACGGACUUGAAGCUAGAAUGAGACGUGCUAUGAAGGAAGCGCAAGAGGAAGAGUCGGACGAGGACGAAGAAGAGUAUGAGGGUUUCGAAGGCGUUCAUCUCAACGAGGAUGCCGAAUCAGACGAAGAAGGCAGCGCCAGUGACUCUCAGGAUACCGAAUCUGGCUCUCAGUCAGGCUCAGAACUCGAUGACGACGACGACGACGGUGAUGAGGAGGAGGACGAAGAAGACGAAGAGGAAGAGGAAGAUUCUCAUCCGCCUUCCAAGAAGCCUCUAAAAACCAAAACCAAUCCAGAGCAUCUCCCUGACGAACUUUUCGAGGCUGCCUUUGCGUCGCAGUCGAAUACAAAGCGUACUUUUUCGGAAACAGACAACGACACCUCUACCCCCGCCUCACGGCCCUCCAAAAAGCGUAAACGAGCUAACAGGUCUCGUCCUUUGAAGGAUGUGCUCGUCGGUACUCGUGCUAUUCGUGUAUUGGAGACCUCGUCUCAUCCAAAGACACCGUCAACUUUGCCUUCUGGGAAAGUUAGAAAAUUUAUAGACAGGACCCUUUCAUUCAAGGAGGGAAAACAGCGCGCCAAAGGAUGGGAACGCAGACCAGUCAAUAUCGGUGUUUUACGACAUGGCAGCGGUCCAGCGGCCAAUUUUGUUAGAAGCCGUAGCUAA